ACCAUGGCUGCGAAGCUGCGAGCGCAUCAGGUGGACGUGGACCCGGACUUCGCGCCGCAGAGCCGGCCGCGCUCUUGUACCUGGCCCCUGCCGCAGCCGGACUUGGCCGGCGACGAGGACGGGGCGCUGAGCGCAGGGGUGGCCGAGGGCUCCGAAGACUGCGGGCCGGAACGCAGGGCGACGGCCCCGGCGAUGGCCCCGGCGCCGCCGCUGGGCGCGGAGGUCGGACCGUUGCGGAAAGCAAAGAGCUCCCGACGGAACGCGUGGGGGAACCUUUCCUACGCCGACCUCAUCACCAAAGCCAUCGAGAGCGCCCCGGACAAGAGACUCACGCUCUCGCAGAUCUACGACUGGAUGGUCCGCUACGUGCCCUACUUCAAGGAUAAAGGCGACAGCAACAGCUCGGCCGGCUGGAAGAACUCCAUCCGGCACAACCUGUCGCUGCACACCCGGUUCAUCCGCGUGCAGAACGAGGGCACUGGCAAGAGUUCGUGGUGGAUGCUGAACCCCGAGGGCGGAAAGACGGGCAAGACCCCGAGGCGCCGGGCUGUGUCCAUGGACAACGGGGCCAAAUUCCUGCGCAUCAAGGGCAAGGCCAGCAAGAAGAAGCAGCUGCACCUGCCAGAGCGAAGCCCUGAUGACAGCCCUCCCGGUGCACCGGCUCCAGGGCCCCUGUCCGCCUCCGCCAAGUGGGCCGCCAGCCCGGCCUCACAUGCCAGCGACGACUACGAGGCGUGGGCCGACUUCCGCGGCAGCGGGCGACCCCUGCUCGGGGAGGCGGCCGAGCUGGAGGACGACGAGGCCCUGGAGGCCCUGGCACCGUCCUCGCCCCUCAUGUACCCAAGCCCUGCGAGUGCUCUGUCGCCCGCCCUGGGCGCGCGCUGCCCGGGUGAGCUACCGCGACUGGCCGAGCUGGGAGGCCCGCUGGGCCUGCACGGAGGCGGCGUGGCCGGGCUGCCGGACGCUCUGCUGGACGGCGCGCAGGACGCGUACGGGCCGCGGGCACGCGCCGGAACCCAGUCCUACUUCGGCGGCUGCAAAGCCGGCGCCUACGGCGGGGGCGGGGGCUUCGGGCCGCCGGCGCUGGGCUCGCUGCGCCGCCUGCCCAUGCAGACCAUCCAGGAGAACAAGCAGGCCAGCUUCGCGCCGGCCGCCCCGCCUUUCCGCCCCGGGGCGCUGCCCGCGCUGCUGCCGCCGCCGCCGCCCGCGCCGAGGCCCGGCCCGCUGCUGGGCGCGCCGGGGGAGCUGGCGCUGGCGGGCGCGGUCGCGGCUUAUCCCGGCAAGGGAGCGGCCCCGUACGCGCCCCCGGCGCCCUCGCGCAGUGCCUUAGCCCACCCCAUCAGCCUUAUGACGCUGCCCGGCGAGGCGGGCGCCGCCGGCCUGGCCCCGCCGGCUCACGCCGCGGCCUUCGGGGGUCCGCCCGGCGGCCUCCUGCUGGACGCGCUGCCCGGGCCCUACGCGGCUGCAGCAGCCGGGCCGCUGGGCGCCGGGCCCGAUCGCUUCCCAGCCGACCUGGACCUCGACAUGUUCAGCGGGAGCCUGGAGUGUGACGUCGAGUCCAUCAUCCUCAACGACUUCAUGGACAGCGACGAAAUGGACUUCAACUUCGACUCAGCCCUGCCUCCACCGCCCCCGGGCCUGGCUGGGGCACCGCCCCCUAACCAGAGCUGGGUGCCAGGCUGAGGGCCGCCCUGCGCAGCCUGGGUGCCCCGGUCCCGUCCCCAGGGACCCCUGUCUUCCCAUCCCGAUCCCCGGGUCCCCUACUCCCCUGACCCAGCUCCGCGGGAGGAUCCAGGAGGCGAGCCCAGCCCAGCUGGAGACGUCCCUCAGAGCUGAGCGCAGAGGGAGGUGGGAGGGAGCGGCUGGGACGCCUCGCCAGUCCUCUCUGAACUCCUAAGACCUCCCGGUGGGGCUGGAAGCCUGGGAGAGAUGGCUGAGGUCCGGCUGGGUGGGAGUGGGGAAGAGCGAAGCAAGGCCGAUGGCCCACUGUGGAUGCUGACCCGGAAGCCACCUAGGAGGUGGGGCAGGGGCGUUUCUGAAUCUUCAGUUCCUAUUGCUGGGCCCUUUGUGACGCUCAGGCCACCCAACUGCAGCCUGAUUCUCAAAUGACACUUUCCCCUCACUGGCCAUCGCCCCACCACACGAAGUCAGCAACCCUCUGGUUCACACCUACCUUGGUCAUCCAUUCCACCCAGUCCUCCGGUUCUCAGCAACCCUCUGGUUCCGUCUCUCCCAUUUGAAGCAGUCCUGGCAUCUCCUCUCCCGUCGGUCAGCCCCACACUCCCGCAGUAAUGGUCACGGCCUCUCCAGCGGGCCUCAGUUCCAGAUCCAUCCCCCAACUCGACACCCCUUUCUCCGUGCCAG